CGGGGCCUUUUUCAUAAACCAUAUAUAUCUUUCAUUCCUUCAAUACAACUACAUGUUUAUCCCUCCAAUAUAACCACACGUUUAUAGGUAAGGUCGUAAUUUUUUUCCCAUAUGAUAGAGUGAUGGAGUAUAUGGGUCUAGGCCCCAGGACCCACAUACUCAUAAAAACAGAAAGCACAGCCACUACGUGGUGCCCUCGUCGGUCAAAGACCCUCAUCGGCCGAAGAGGGGUCAACUCAGAAUAUGAUCCUGAAGCCAAGGAACCAGGGUGUCCUCAUCGGUCGUGCCCUCAUCGGCCGUGUCCUCGUCGGCCAGACCCUCAUCGGCCACGGAAGUCUCACAGAACCGGAUUUUACACUUAUUCAUUUAUAUAGCCCACCAGUGGCUCUGUAUUCGGCCUAAUAGCGGUCCAGUUGUAAAUGGGCCUCCCAAGCCCAAGGCUUGGGAGCUCAGCCUGUAUUUUCCCUAUAAAUACUUCCUCUGGAGGUAGUUAUAGGGGUUACAAAAGCAUUCUAUUGAAGCAUCACUUGCACUUCUCUCUCUAGCUCUCACUUUUCUCUAGAUAUAUACUCUAUCAUUUGGUGCUUUCAUUGAGAGCUAGAACAAUCAAGUUAGCACCCUUCGUCGCUACCAAGCACAACUAACCACUGACCAUGGGAAGAACUAAGUCAAACCGCAACCUCGUCAGCAAGGCCAUCCCUGAGGAUCAGGAGAUCAUGGCGCAUGAGGAGGACGCUACGACCGACCAGGUCGGCGGAGGGGACGUCUUUCAGGAGGCCAUCAACCUCACGACGGACCUCCGCAACCAACUCAACGGCGGAGCCCCUGAUGCCCGCAUCGGCCUGGACAAGAAACGAGCUGAGAAGACAGACCACGCCCCGGCCCAGCCUAUGUCCGCGGCUUCUCCGUCUGUGGAUCCACAGGUCCAGGCCGCGCUGUCGGUCAUCAUCGCCAGCUUGGCCCAGAACCCCAUCGUCCUCAGCGCACUCUUGCCAAAGACUGGGGGGAACGUCACUCCACCUCCUCAGCCCCAACCGUUGGCCGUCAGGAUAGGCAACGAUGAGGGGGUGAUGGCCUAGGACACGGCGUCGUCCCACUCCCACCCCGCUUCCCCUCUUCGGCCUGGGCAGACCCCAGCGCGUGGAAAAGCCUCUGCCUUCAAUAGGCUAGGUGACACGCGCCGUCGUCCGGUUUCAGAGAGGAUGGCAGGGCGGAUUGGUGAGCGUCGACCUGGCUCGCCAAGGGAAAGCUUGGGGUAUGUGUCCCGGACAGCGGACCAGCCCCGCCUGGACAAGGGCAAGGGAAAAUUGCACGAAGACGAUGUGCGCCACCAGAUCAACGCAGCCCACGACGAGCGCAUGAAGAACUAGCAGGGCGCCGCUGCGGCCGCCAGGGACCCCCGGGACGAGGUCAUCGCCCAGCUGGAAAAGAGGCUGGCCCAGAUGGAGACCAGGCAAUCGGCGAACAUCCCCACGGCCGGCGCCUCCAACAACCCUGGCCUCAACGCCCUCAUGAACAAAGUCAGCGCCCUUGAGAGGGAGUUGGCCGAAGGGCGAGGUGACCCCGUCAUCCAGGUCAGGACCAGGAUCCCUUUCACCAACAGGGUGCUCUCGGCCCCCAUCCCGGAGAAGUACAUCUCUCUCAGUUGCUCCAAUGAGAGAAUAGGAAUCGGCGCCACGUCUUCAUAUUUCGCCAUGAUAGCUGCUUGACCCAUCAUUGUUGCCCAAAUAGCAUAUGCGCAGCAUGUUUCUACAAUAAAAACAAUGAUAAACUGUUAUGAAGUGUAGAUUUUUUUAAAAAAAAGGGAUAUUAACAACAUUAUAGAUCAUGCAUGUGUCUAGGUGUUUGUACUGAUAUAAUCUUUUAAAGGCUAAAACCAACUAAUACCUUGGUGUUCUUUAUUUUCCACAUUUGGGAGGGGAGACACGUGUUCCUCCCAUUCUUCUACCAGUUUGUGCGGUUAAAGCCAAGGCGGGCACCACGAAAAGGUUGUUUUGCUUGCAUCCAUCCUAGCUACGCAUUUAUAUCAUUAAGAAAUGAAGUUUAGAAUGAUGCAGUUACAAACAAUCCCGG